ACAAAAUGGCGUCUGUCAGUGAACCGGUAGUUUGAGGGCAAGUUUACAGAACACCUCAAGAGACCAUGAAUCGCCACACAAACAGGUCAUUUCUCGUAACGUCCAUAUUUGUGUGUUUUCCUCUUACUGAUCUGAAUUAAUAAAUGAUCAUGAACUUCAGGACUUAAAUUAUCAGUGUGACAAACAAUCAGAGCUUGAUAGCGCCCUCUAUCAUCAUGAUGAAAAUCAAGAACUUUCGUUUGAAACGUAAACAGCAGUUGCAUGCAAUAAACAAACCAGAGUCUCUGGCUGUUGAGAUCACUGGUCUUCAAAGAGCAAAGAGCACACCUAUCUUGAGUAAAAAUGAUCUUCCAUGUGACGACGAUGAACAGGAGAAGAUUUCUGAUUGCCAUGAUGAUAAUAAGUCAGUGGAGAGCAUCGAGAAAAAUGAGACUGAGAGCAAUGGAGGUCCUAUCAAUUUUAAAAGCAGUUUUGACAAUGAGUGGGACAACAACGGCGAUGUGACGAGAGUCAGAAGUCAAUCGACUGCCGAAUCAGCUCGGAUGCAAGCAAUUGAUAAACUUCAGGUUGAACUGAGGAAAGCACAAGAGGCACUUCAACUAAAGGAUGAACAAGUUGCCAAGUUGUCUGGAAUACAGACAGAAAUGGACCGAGAAUUGGAAGAAUUAACGGCUUGCUUAUUUCAGGAGGCUCAUGGGAUGGUGCGUGAAGCCAACAUCAAACAAGCUACGUCAGAGAAAGCUUUAAAAGAAGCACAGACAAAAAUUGAUGUACUGCAAGCUGAAGUGAGUGCUUUGAAGAGCUUGGUAAUCACAUCCACACCCAGCAUGCACUACAGGAAGUCCAAACUUGGAUUUCUUCGCCAUGGCAACCAUACCCCAAACCCAUCGUUUAGCCCCAGCCAUCAAAAAGCCAGUAGUGUCGGCGGGCUAACACCGAUACAAGUUCCAGCAGAACAAAAAGAAAUCGAUCCAAUGCUAUACCAGGAGUUCAUAGCAUUCAAGCGAGCUACACACGCAGAUAAUCACGAGUCGGUGUUUAUUAAGAGGGUACUUCAAGAAGACAUUGAACCAUGUUUACACUUUGCAAAUGCCGAGUUAUGCAGCGCAUUGUUGAACUGUAUAGAAAAAAAUAUUUUGUGCAUAGAACCGAUAAUGACUUCUUCUUACCCAAAAAAAUGUGCACUAACCGGCACUCAAAAAGUUUGCAAAUAUCGUUUUCGUCUUGGUGAAACCGACAAAUGGUAUAAUAUAUCGGCUGCAUGUAGAGACAGGAUAACUGCUGUGUGUGAUUUUUACACUUACCUGAGGUACAUUAAACAGGGUUUAGUGAAAGCUGAUGAAAAGGACAUGUACUGGGAAGUGAUACGACUGCGUAGUGAUAUGUCACUGGUUAAACUUGGUCUAUAAAUGAUGAUUCCUAUGGAAUACCAUCAGCUGUAACCGGGCAAUGUUCACACAAUAUGGUACUUAAUAUCUAUCCAUUCCAGCUUCUUACCCCCAUUGUAGAAUGCUGCCAACCCCCUCCCUCCCCAUUGCUGGUACAGUCCAAUUUCAACCAUGGUUUGGUUGAUCCAUUUACAUUACAGUUUUUUA